AUGGCCCUUCUCUGGAUCUUUUCAACUGCCUUCUCAUUAUUUUAUGUUGUCCAUAGGAUCACACAAAAUCAGAGUGCUGGGGUGACCUUCAUCCUCCUGGGAUUCUCAGAAUAUCCAGACCUCCAGGUGCCACUCUUCCUGAUUUUCCUCACCAUCUACACUGUCAGCGUGCUGGGAAACCUGGGCAUGAUCGCCAUCAUCAGGCUCAAUCCCAAACUUCACACCCCCAUGUACUUCUUCCUCAGUCACUUGUCCUUUGUGGAUUUCUUUUACUCUUCAAUCAUCACGCCCAAGCUCCUGGAGAACCUGCUUGUGGAGGACAGAAGAAUCUCCUUUGCAGGCUGCAUCACCCAAUUCUUCUUUGCAUGUAUCUGUGUGGUAACAGAAACCUUCAUGUUGGCAGCCAUGGCCUAUGACCGAUUUGUGGCCGUUUGCAACCCUCUCCUCUAUACAGUGACCAUGUCCCAAAAGUUGUGCCAUUUGUUGGUGGCUGCACCCUACUCGUGGGCUCUAGUGUGUUCCUUCAUAUUUAUAUACUUUUUGUUGACCUUGUACUUUUGUGGGACAAAGGUCAUAAACAACUUUGUGUGUGAGCAUUCUGCCAUUGUUGCUGUGUCCUGCUCAGAUCCCUACAGUAGUCAGAUGAUCAUUUUAGUCUUUGCCACGUUCAAUGAAAUUAGCAGUCUGCUAAUAAUUUUUACCUCCUAUGUUUUUAUCUUUGUCACUGUAAUGAGAAUGCCCUCCCCUGGGGGUCGUUACAAAGCCUUCUCAACAUGUGCUUCCCAUCUCACUGCCAUUACUAUUUUCCAUGGCACGAUUCUUUUCCUCUACUGUGUUCCUACCACCAAAAGUUCAUGGCUGAUGGUCAAAAUAGCCUCUAUCUUUUACACCGUGGUCAUCCCCAUGCUCAAUCCUCUGAUUUACAGCCUCAGGAACAAAGAUGUGAAGGAGACUGUCAGGAAACUCAUGAAUACCCAUUUCACAUGUCGUAAAAGUUGGUUCUAA